AUGGGUCUUUCUGUUUUUCAUUUGGUUGUCGAAACCCACACACAGUAUAUGGACAUCUGGCUGUUGGUUACCUGCUUAUGCACAUGGACCUGGUUUUCACCUUGUGCGUGUGAUUAUGUUUCGCACCCUUUACUCAUGAAACCAGCAUCGAUUUUCUCGAUGCAGUUUCAUCAUUCAUUCACUCACAUCUUCAUUUCCUUAUCUUCCAACGAGGCUUUCACCUCGGACAAAAUAAGCCCAAAGCACAAAAAAAAAACUUGA